AUGAAGCCAUCCUUUGUUCUUCUAUCUAUUGUACUAUUACUCUCAUCAUCACUAUCGGAUGCAGCCGACUUUGGAUCACCGUCACAGCCACCGUCGAUGGCUCCAACACCGCAACCAUCAAACUCCACCGACUGUUCCAGCGUCAUAUACAGCAUGGUUGAUUGUCUCUCCUUCUUAACCGUCGGAUCAACGGAUCCAAGCCCGACCAAAACAUGUUGUGUUGGGGUCAAAACCGUUCUUAACUAUAGCCCUAAGUGUCUUUGCUCUGCGUUAGAGAGUAGUCGUGAAAUGGGAUUCGUACUUGAUGAUACAAAAGCUCUUGCCAUGCCUAAAAUUUGCAACGUCCCUAUUGAUCCUAAUUGUGAUGUAUCUACUCCGGCUGCAUCAACACCAGUUUCUCCACCGGUAGAGUCACCUACGACUUCACCAUCUUCCGCAAAGUCACCGGCCAUAACCCCUUCAUCACCGGCGGUUAGCCACUCACCACCGCCCGUCAGGCACUCAUCCCCGCCGGUUAGUCACUCAUCACCGCCAGUUAGUCACUCAUCACCACCAACUAGCCGCUCAUCACCGGCUGUUAGCCACUCAUCACCGGUGGUGGCUGCUUCAUCACCGGUAAAGGCUGUCUCAUCAUCGACCGCUUCAUCACCUAGGGCAGCUUCCCCGUCACCGUCACCGUCACCAUCAAUAUCUAGUAGCGGGAUUUUAUUAGUAUCCAAACUAUUCAUAGCUGUUGUGAUGGUUUCUUCUUUUCUUUACAUCUUAGCUUAG